UAGAAGAGAAAGAGCUACGGCUAUUACUGUGUAUAACUAUAUGUGGCUUUAGGGUUAGGGUUUCCAUCAGUCGCCUGGUCUUUUGUACCUACUGCUCCCACAGUUUCUCAGAGCUACUUUUUUUUUCUGCCAAAAUGGGGAAGACACGCGGUAUGGGAGCCGGUCGUAAGCUGAAGACUCACCGUAGAAAUCAGAGGUGGGCUGACAAGGCAUACAAGAAGUCCAAUCUUGGGAAUGAAUGGAAAAAGCCAUUUGCUGGUUCAUCCCAUGCAAAAGGCAUAGUCCUUGAGAAAAUUGGUAUUGAGGCUAAGCAACCCAACUCUGCUAUCAGAAAGUGUGCUCGUGUGCAGCUGAUAAAAAACGGAAAGAAAAUUGCCGCAUUUGUACCCAAUGAUGGCUGCUUAAACUAUAUUGAGGAGAAUGAUGAGGUGCUGAUUGCUGGAUUUGGGCGAAAGGGGCAUGCCGUGGGGGAUAUUCCUGGAGUUAGAUUCAAGGUUGUGAAAGUAUCUGGCGUCUCUCUGCUGGCUCUAUUCAAAGAGAAGAAGGAGAAGCCAAGAUCAUAGAAAAUUGUGCGAGUUUAUCAUCCCCUGAACUGCUAGAUUUACCAGUUAUUUGAAUGACAGUUGCAAUUUUGUUGUAGAGAACUUUGUUGACCAAUUUCAAUUUAUUAAAUCAAUACCAUCAGUUUGUUAAA